GUUGGUUGUGACUUGGACGCUCUUGUCAACAUUGCUGUGGUAUGGAUGUAUUGCUUAAUUGGUCAUGUGGGUGGUGCAGAUCCUAUGUUUAAUGAAAUGCCUAAUUCCUCGUGCUGUCUCUGUUCGCGUUGUCAACGCCGUCAUCGACCACCAUCCUUCGUGAGUAGUUGUGGGAUCAGUGAACAACUCGGGAGAAGAUUAGCAAGCAAAUGGCACUUAUAUCUAGCUUCGAUCAUUGUUGUGAUACCAUGCUCUUAUCGGAUCCAAGGUGAGAGUCUUACUUCUAUUGCUGUGGCGAUUGAAUAUCUUCGUCAAGCGGAGAAUCGGAUUUGGAUGUGGACUCGAGACAAGCGUCUUGAAGCGAGACUACUUGACACGAUCGACAGAAAAAGGCGGGUACUUUUUGUUUUAUCUCUUUAGUAUUCUGAUCCUAGUGCAUGAGCUUUAUGUUCAGAUAGUUGCUGUAUCUAUGUUGACUCCACUCUUAUUUUUCCUGCGUUUGAUACUUCCACUCAAUCUUUGAGCUACUCUUGUUUGUUUCUAUACAGCCUCUUGUUGCUAUCGAUAAUAUUUAGCAGAUACUAUAUUACUAGAUAUCAGAUAUCAGGUACCAGAUACUAGAUACCAGACAUUAGAUAUUAGGUAUUGGAUAUAUGGGCACCUGAUACCAUGUUUACAUGCUUUGGU